AUGAAAAUAGGCAAAGUUGGGAGGCACCGCCACCACCCAAAUGCACCAAAAGGACAGAUUCUCAGAGAAAAUGGUGGUGAUGGAGAUGAAUUUGAUGGUGGAGGAGGAAUUGUCGGUGGAUUGGCCACUGGUGGUGGUGGAGGGGAAUUUGUUAGUAGAGGUGAACUCCUUGGUGGAUUAGAUACUGGCGAUGGUGGUGGUCUAGAUGAACUGGUUGGUGGAUUAGAAACAGGUGGAGAUGAUGGUGGUGAUGUAGAAGGUGAGGAGGUUGUAGGAGGUGGAGAAGAUGGAUGUGAUGAUGGGGGUGGACUGGUGUUAGAUGGUGGUGCACGGAGGGUGAUAGAGGUGGCACAGCAGUGGGAGAUGAAUUUGGAGGUGCCACGACAGUAA